AAGUUUUCGUCUUAAACACAAAAUACCGCUGACGACGUUAUAGAAACCUUGUUGCAAAUGGUACAGUAAAAAGCUCUUAGGAUAUUCAAUAACCCUGGCGUCGAUAAAUGGCUCAGAGAAUGGAGGACGACGAACAAGGUUAUGAUGAAAGUCGUUUUGAAGGAACAAUCAGCGAAGAUCUCUUCUGCUCUAUUUGUCAAGGAGUGCUCAGAAACCCUCGAACUUGCCAUAAAGAACAUGCAUUUUGUCAUUUUUGUAUUUCUGAACAUCUUCGUCAUUCCCACACGUGUCCUGAAUGCAGAGAACAUCUCACUCCAGAAACCCUGAAAGAUCCUCCGAGAUUUAUGAAGAACACUCUGGCAGCGCUGAAAAUCAAGUGUGGAUACAGCGAAAGAGGUUGUCCAGGCUUUGUCUUGCUUGAGAAUUUACAAAAUCAUGUUGAUAAAUGUGAUUUUGCACCCGUGACUUGCAAGAAUGAAGGAUGUGGAAUGGAGGUGAAUAAAAGAGAUAAAGAUCUUCACGAGAGAGAUCUUUGUGAGUUUAGAAUCGCCCGAUGUCACGACUGCAAGAAAAUAAGAGCAAGUCAAAGAGAAACUAUGGAAAAAGUUGAUGAGAUGAGACGAUCCCAAGCGAGGUUUGAAGCUGAGGUGAAACAACAGUUGGAAAGAAUGACGGAAAUGAUGAAUCAGUUAUUGCAAGGAAUGGUUCUUACUGGUCCAAUCAACAACCAAGAUAUUAUUGUCAUCGGCGGUCAGUAUGGCCCUAGACAUAAUCAGAUCUCGAAUAUAGUCGAGAAAUACAACAUAGUACAAAGAAAGUCAACUCCGCUACCACGAUUGAAUCAUCCCCUUUUAUCAACAACAUCAUGUGUUUACAACAAUGACGUUCUUAUCGUUGGUGGUUUCGAUGGUAAAGAAGGAACUGACAGGAUCGAAGUUUUGAAGAUGAGCCAACAUCCUUUGCGAUGGACAAUGUUUGAUGGUAAACUGCCUGUCAAAUUAUCUGGUCAUGACGUCGUAGUUUACCAUGGAAAAUUAUAUAUAAUAGGAGGAUAUGACUGGGAUGAAAGAAAAACAUUGAAUGCCAUUUAUGAGAUUGCUCUUACACCACCUUAUACUGCCAAGCUGCUGACGAGAAUGCCUGAAGCAAAAAAGAAUCACAGAGCAGAACUUGUUAAUGGAAAGCUAUUUAUCUUGGGCGGAACAACAACCGGUCUUAGUAAAGAUGCUCUUGACAGCGUUGUUGUUUAUGAUUUGAUUAAGAAUGAGUUCAAACCAUAUCCAUCGUUACCUCAGCCUGUUUGUGGCAUGUCCACAGUCACUUGGGGUGAUAAAAUCAUUGUUCUUGGGGGCUCAGAUAGAAAUAAUCGGUCAUUAAAUGACGCUUUUAUGUACGACACUGAGACUGGAUUAAGUGAGCGACUGCCCUGCAUGAUUUACAAAAGGAAAGGCAGCUCUGCCGUGAUCAUGGAUGGCGUUAUUGUCGUGUUUGGUGGACACAACGCAGAGCAGGGAUAUCUCAACUCAGUGGAAUCUUUCACUAUUGGUGGAGAUGGCUGGAAAGAACUGCCAGGAAUGAUAGAAAAACGACUUCUAUCCACUGCGGUUGUUAAACCUCACGACUGAAACGUUUUCUCAAAAUAAACA